AUGCCUUGCUGCUUAUGUGCCUGUGUUAAUUUAUCAUUAUUGUCAUUGUUAAUACAUUUAUUAUGUUUUUCACUUUUACAGUUUAGCUUCAAUAUGUUUGGGGAGCCCUUGCAGCCCCGGCCUUUCAACACCCAAUACCGAUGCUAUUCGGUAUCCAUGUUCCCUGGGGCUGACAAACAGUCUGUUGAGAAUGGUGGCAAAAUUAUAAUGCCACCUUCAGCUCUGGAUGUUCUGACACGUCUUAACAUUGUUUACCCAAUGUUAUUCAAGUUAACCAACCGACGUGCCAAUAGAAAUACUCAUUGCGGUGUUUUAGAAUUUGUAGCUGAUGAGGGAAAAGUUUAUAUUCCUUAUUGGAUGAUGAGAAAUCUGCUGCUGGACGAGGGGGAUCUUAUUCACAUUGAGUCUGUGUCACUCCCUGUGGCUACAUUCUCCAAGUUCGAGCCUCAGAAUGUGGAGUUCCUUGAUAUCACAAAUCCCAAAGCUGUUUUGGAAAAUGCGCUUCGAAACUUUGCCUGUCUAACAACUGAUGAUGUUAUCGCCAUUAAUUACAAUGAUAGAAUAUAUGAAAUGCGUGUCCUAGAGGUCAAGCCGGGGAGUGCUGUCAGCAUCAUUGAGUGCGAUAUGAAUGUGGAGUUUGCUGCCCCAGUGGGCUACCAGGAGCCAGAGAGAAUGGACAGUGCAGCAGCCUUGCCAGAGGAUACUGAAGAGGAGAUGCUACCAGAACCCACAGGCUUCUACUCCUUCCAAGGCUCAGGUAACAGACUAGAUGGGAAAAAGAAGAACCUGCAACUUCCCCAAGAAGAACUUCUUAAAAAAUUGCCCCGUCAGCGUGGGAUUCCAGAUUAUGAUUAUGAAAUAGGUUUUAUUAAGUUCUGGAGAAAGUUACCUAAAGUGAACAAUACUGAAAAUAAACCAGAAGAGCCUGAUGAAUUUGAGUCUUUUGCCGGAGAGGGUACAUCUCUGCGACAAGCAAAGUCUAGAAAGUAAACUUUUUUAUAUAUAUUUAUUCCUCUAGCUAAUUUUAACACAUUUUCUCCAAAGAAUCGGUUUUGUAAACCAACUUUGUAUACCUGCAGAUAUUUUUUGAACCAGUGAGAUGAAUAAUUAACUUAACUUCUAAACUCUGUCCCUUUUCCUUCAGACCAAUCUGUUAUGAAGUCACACAUACCUAGUGAUAACCCUGCACAAAAUUUUGGAAAUAGAUACAAGAAAGCUUUUAUAAUGGUUCAUGUAGAAAUAAAUUGUUUAUGUGUA